GCCCCUCAGAUGGAGAACCAUACAUACAAUGAGCAUGUUCUCCUCCUAGAGGGGUUAAACGUCACCCCCCAGUCCUCCUACCCUGCCUUCAUCAUCCUCCUUGUUAUCUACAUCUUCACAAUGGUGGCCAACAUCAGCCUCGCAGUGGUGAUCUGCAUGGAGAGGAGCCUGCACCAGCCCAUGUACAUCCUCCUUUGCAACAUGUCUUUCAACGAUGCUCUCAGUAUCACCACCUUCAUACCUCGAGUGCUGAGUGAUAUUUUCAAAGCAAGUGCAGCAAGAUAUAUUACCUAUGUAGAGUGUGCCAUACAAGCGUUCUGCGGUCACAUGUUUGCUACGACCGGACAUACAAUACUAAUGAUCAUGGCUUUUGACAGGUAUAUGGCCAUCUGCAACCCUUUGAGAUAUGCCUCCAUCAUGAACAACAAAAUGCUGGUAAAACUGUGUGUGUUUGCCUGGGGUGUGGCAUUUCUCUUUGUGGCGGUUCUUAUAGGUCUCUCUGUCCGCUUGUCACGCUGCCGGUCAUAUGUUUUCAACCCUUUCUGCGACAACGCUUCGUUAUUCAAGCUCUCCUGUGAGAGUGUGUUUAUAAAUGACAUAUACGGACUCUUUUUCACUGCGCUCCUUUUUAUCGCCUCCAUUGUGAGUGUGUCUCUGACAUACAUUAGGAUCACCAUGGUGUGUGUGCAGAGUAAGAGCAAGUCGCUGAACAGCAAAGCCCUGAACACUUGUUUCACACACCUGGCUGUAUACGUCAUUAUGCUGAUGACAGGUUUCAUCAUUGUCUUUCUUCAUCGGUACCCACAGUGGUCAAAUCACAGGAAAGUGGCGUCCAUUAUAUUUCCUCUGGUUGCUCCUUGUCUUAACCCAAUUAUCUAUGGGCUUCAGUCCAAAGAGAUUUACAAAGUGGUAAAGAAUAUGUUCCAGUCCAAGAUUAUGUCUCUUCGAUUGUAAUAUACUUUUUAAUGUGUAAAAGUGAAUAAAAAGUGUUUGUCCCUAUUGAAAUGCCCCACUAGUAAUGCUGUCUUUGUAAACUAGGGUCAAUGUUAAUAAGGAUCACCUUUUUUUCAAUAUUUG